UGCGUCACACUAGCAGCUCUCGUGCUGGACAAUAUGGACCGGAGCAUCGAUCCCUGCGAGGACUUCUACAACUUCUCCUGCGGCGGAUGGGAGGCCACUAAUAUCGUUCCUGAAGGCUAUGGUACCUACUCCAAAUUUAGUCAACUCUCAGACCUCAACUCCAUCCUACUUCAUAAGGUGUUGAGUUUGGAGGGAGAUGAGGACGUGGAGGCAGUGCAGAAGAUGAAGACUCUCUACCAGUCCUGUCUGGACACUGACACCAUCGAUUCUCUGGGAGCAGAGCCUCUCAUUUACCUCAUUCAGGCCACUGGUGGAUGGGACCUGGUGGGGAUACCCCCAUCGUCAGACCUGGAUAUUGAGGCCUACAGUUCAUGGAGUAUCAACAGCAGUGAGUUCAUCUUGGAGAAGCUGGUGGGGAGUCGCGCAUUCUUCAGUCUGAGUGUCGAUGUUGACGAUAAGAACUCGUCUGUCAGCGUAUUGACGCUCUCUCAGGAAGGGCUGAGUCUACCCAGCAGUCAGAGCUACUCUGACAACAGAACUGCCGAACAGAGUAAAGAGGCUCUUCGAACUUUCAUCACAUCAGUACUCCUCCUAAUCAAUUCUUCAGUUGAUGAAGCUGAGUACCAACAGGCAGCAGGUGAAAUUGUCCAGUUUGAGACCAGUCUAGCAGAGGUGUUUGUUAGUAAAACCGAUAUGAGGGAUCCCGAGAAGGUGUACAACAAGAUGACUCUAGAAGACCUGUCUUCCCUCUGGCCUGACUUGGACUGGGAGGCGUUUGUGACGGUGAUAGUUGAGAACACCACCAACAUUACUGUUAAUGCCAGUGAACCGAUUAUCGUACGGACACCGACCUACUUUCACCAACCUCACCGACGUCUUUGCUGCAGCCAAUGAGAGUACUUUAGAGAGCUAUGCCAAGUGGCAGCUGAUCGGUCGCUACCUCCCGCGACUCGACUCUGAUUUCCUCUCACUGGUGGAUACAUUCAACGAGGCCACCACCGGCCAAGGCUCGCGACAGCGCUACCAGACCUGCAUCUCUGUAACACAGAACAUCAUGCCCUUGGCCCUCGCACGGCCGUAUACCGACUACCUCCUACCGAAUGGAACCAAGGAGAAUGUAACUGAGAUGAUAGAAGAGGUGAAGGAGGCUUUCAAGUCCAGACUCGAGGACAAGGACUGGCUGGAUGACACCACGAAGGAGAGGUGUGCAGAGAAAGUCGACGCCAUGACAGAAAUGGUGGCCUACCCCGACCAAAUUAGCAAUGACACAUACCUUGAUGAACUCUAUGCCUUGUUCAAUAUGACGGAAGAUGGCUACUUUGAAAACUACCUGCAGUACAUUAUCAUCUCUAAUGUUGAGAACUUUGCCAGCCUACGUACCCCAGUCGACAAAUCAGUGUGGCUGAAUGCUCCAACUGCAGUAAAUGCCUACUACAGCCCUCAGUUCAAUCAAUUUGUGUUCUUGGAAGGCAUUCUGAACUCGCCGUUCUUCCACGCUGGCUGGCCAGAAUAUUUCCUGUAUGGUGCUCUGGGAGUUAUUAUUGGUCACGAACUGACACAUGGAUUCGAUGACGAAGGUCAGCAGUAUGAUAAGGAUGGUAUCCUGCAUCAGUGGUGGACCAAUAGCUCAGUGGAGGCCUUCAGAGAGAGACAGACCUGCUUCGAAGAACAGUACUCCCAGUAUGAGAUGUUUGGAUACAACGUGAGUGGUAAUCUUACACUGGGGGAAAACAUAGCUGACAACGGAGGUCUCCAUACCAGCUACCAGGCAUUUCAGAAACUCAUGAACACCACAGAGCAACCGAUGCUCCCUGCUCUCCAGUACACACCUGAGCAGCUCUACUUCAUAGGCUAUGCCCAGUCGUGGUGUUCCCUCUAUACUGAGGAGUACAUUGCCAGUGUUACAAAGACAGACGAACACAGUCCUGGACCUUUCAGGGUGAUUGGUGCUAUAGUAAACAGUAAAGAAUUCCCAGAGGCCUUCCAGUGUAAGGAGGGCUCUGCUAUGAACCCAGAGGACAAAUGUGAACUGUGGUAGAGUCCUCUCUAUACACACAGUAUUUUCAUGCAUGUAUCUUCCGUAAUGCAGGUUUGUAAUUCUUUGAAUCCCACAUGCUGAUUGAGUAAGCUUUGUAUGUAUCAUAAAACAUUGAUCACAUUAUUUUUUGCCCCAC